CGCAUGACGAAGAUGUUGAGGCAGCCUUGUUCAUCAGGAAGCCACCAUUGUUAUUGUUGUAUGCAGUCUCGUCGCAAGAGAAAGAUGUCUUCUUGUGUGCAGUCUCGUCACGAGAGAAAGAUGGCUUGUUCACCUGGAAACCAUCAUUGAUAUCUGGCUGGCAAGUCUGCCGAAGGCUCAACAGUGGUUUUCCAAAUCCGCUCACCGACCAUCUUACCAUUUCGACUACGAAAAAAACAAACCUUUCCACUGCCACCACCACCACCACCACCACCACCUCAUCAUGGCUGCCGCUAAUCCUCUCGGUCCACAGCCAGACUUUCAGCUUAUCGCAAACGAAAUUCUUAAGAUUGCGAACACACCUGCGAUAGCUGGCGGCCAAGAGAUCUUGAACGAGAUGAGAGCAAUACGAGAGCAGUCCGCUAGAAUGGAGAUCGCUCUUCAAGAAAGCAUUGCGAACGUUCGACGAGAGGUUGGCAAUGUUCAACGAGACGUUGGCAACGUUCGACGAGAUCUCAUGACAAUGAUGCGUGUGUCGAAUCAUAACAACGCAGCCCGAGUUCAGAAUGCCCAUAUGGAGAAUCGCACACCCAAUCUAUCACCCUUCUUGAAUCCCGUCACUGGUGAAGGCAUCCCUUAUUUUCCUCUAACGGUGGAUGAACUCGAAGGCCUGAAUCGACGUCGCCUUAGAGGACUUUUGCAGCAGCUAGACAUUCAGUACAGACCUCGUGAAAACCAGGAGGCUCUGAUGCGGAUGCUUAGAGCACACAUUGGCUUGAGAGCCACCAGAACUCCAAGCCCUCACGAGAGAAAGAGAUGAACGGCAUUGUAACGAAGAGUAAUGAAACAAUCCGUAUGAGUUUAUGAGAUAUGACUGGGCUCUAAAGCGAAUGCUUAGAGCACACAUUGACUUGAGAGCGAUCAGGGCUCCAACACCUCCAUGAGAGAGAGAGAGAGAGCGCCUGCGAAGAGUGCUUAGACAAGUUGGGGCAUAAAAGUUAGCGACAGGUAUUACGCACACCUAUCUUUGCAUUACGCACAAGGCUACCUAUAUCUUUGGGGUGCUCCCCAAAUGUCAUUC